CCCUCCCCCGGGGGUAGGGAGGAGCUGGGCCCUGGAGGCAGGCGGCCCCUGGCACCCAGGGGGAGGGGAGGGGCUGGCAAGUGGGGGCCUAGACCCUGGGAGGCAGGGGACUGCGAGCUGGGCCAGCUGAGCAGAGGUGCAGAAGCAACUGCGUCCAAGCUGUCUGGCAGCUUCAGGUGGACCCAGAAGACGUUCCCAACUCAGGGACACUCAGCGAUCACUCACUUGCUGUACAGAAUGAUAUUCCUCACGGCACUGCCUCUGUUCUGGAUUAUGAUUUCAGCCUCCCGAGGGGGUCACUGGGGUGCCUGGAUGCCCUCAUCCAUCUCGGCCUUCGAAGGCACGUGCGUCUCCAUCCCCUGCCGCUUUGACUUCCCGGAUGAGCUGCGGCCCGCCGUGGUGCAUGGCGUCUGGUACUUCAAUAGCCCCUACCCCAAGAACUACCCUCCGGUGGUCUUCAAGUCACGCACCCAAGUCGUCCACGAGAGCUUCCAGGGCCGCAGCCGCCUCCUGGGGGACCUGGGCCUGCGCAACUGCACCCUCCUGCUCAGCAACGUCAGCCCCGAGCUGGGCGGGAAGUACUAUUUCCGUGGGGACCUGGGUGGCUACAACCAGUACACCUUCUCAGAGCACAGCGUCCUGGACAUCAUCAACACCCCCAACAUCGUAGUGCCCCCAGAAGUGGUGGCAGGCACGGAAGUGGAGGUCAGCUGCAUGGUGCCAGACAACUGCCCAGAGCUGCGCCCUGAGCUGAGCUGGCUGGGCCACGAGGGGCUGGGGGAGCCCGCUGUGCUGGGCCGGCUGCGGGAGGACGAGGGCACCUGGGUGCAGGUGUCGCUGCUGCACUUCGUGCCCACGAGGGAGGCCAACGGCCACCGGCUGGGCUGCCAGGCCUCCUUCCCCAACACCACCCUGCAGUUCGAAGGCUACGCCAGCCUGGACGUCAAGUGUGAGCCUGGGUUUGGGGUGGGAUCUGGGGUCCUAUCUGGGGGUGGCUGGCAGAAACACCUACUGGGUUCUGACCAUCAGUCCCGUCCCACCCCACAGAUGCACCCUGGAAGCCAACGGUGA